AUGGCGUCCAUGCAGAAGAGCCACGAGGAGCGCGCGCAGUCCGCGGCGCAGAAGGCGGCCGACGAGCUCCACGCGCCGAGGCGGGACCAAGUCCGCGAGGAGGCCAGGGGCGCGGCGGAAGCUGCCAUGGGCAAGGCCGGCGAGACGAAGGACGUGGCGGCGGUCAGAGCGCGGGGCGCCAUGGACGCCGCCGCGGACAAGGCGCGUGGCGUCAGGGACGCGGCGGCGGACAGGACCACAGAUAAUAAGGCGGGCGACGCCGAGUCGGAGGAGGAGGACGUGAUGCUGCGGGUGAAGGCGGUGGACCAGAUGACGGGGCAGGCGUUCAACGACGUCGGCAAGAUGGGGGAGGAGGGCACCGGCGUUCCACGGAGACGCCGUUCUAGUAGCUGA